CCGGGUCCUUCCUGGAACUCUGCUGCUUGCGGAACUUGAAGUUGUGCACAGCAUUUUGUGUGUCUGUAUUCUGGUGGUGCGAAGAGAGGUUCUGGGAUAAGCUGCUGGUAGCCAUGGCAGACACGCCUUCCACCAGCAGCAAGGCAAUGGACUCGCUUGAGAGCAAGUUGAACCACCUUACCGAGGAUCUUGCACGAGCGCGGUCCGUCAUCAGAAGCCUACCCAAUGAGGAGGACUACCAUUUCUACAAGCUGUUCCCUGACUUUAAGCAGCCUAGCGAUGCAGCUGGGGAGAGGAUCAAGAAACUGCUCUUACGGUUCGGUUCAAUUGAGGAGUGGUCAGAUGAGCCGGACGAAGCAGCGGAGUGGCUAGUCACAGUCAUGGACGACCUACUCGAACAGGUCGACAAGUCACUAGAUGCAGCAGAGAAGGGAGAGUCGCUCACAGCUGGCAAGGCAGGGGGUGUCGCAAAGACUUCGGUAGGCGCCUCAGUAGCCAGUCACGUUGUGGGGAAGAAUCUCCAGCCUCCAGUGCCCCUUCACAUCCCCACGCUCCGGAAGCCCCAAGAGUUGUUCACUGAAGCGAUCAACAACUCCAAUUCACCCUUUCAGUCCAAGGGGCCCUACCUCUCAUAUGACGGUGGAGAAGACAAUGCUGUGGGGGUGCACGCCGAUGAUUGGAACACAAUCCUCAGCCGGCGGGCUGGGGCUGACGUCGCCGCUGACGUCAGCAUCUCUGACCGUGCCCCUGCUGCUGCGGAACCGAGCGGGCUGCACAGUGCUGAGCGGGGACAAAACGGUGCAGGGGCCAACGCGCCGGAAUCUACAGAAACUAGAGCGGAGCCUGUUAAGCGGCCGAGGUUGACAGUAGACACAAACAGUCUUACUGGUACCAGCCGGCCAGUGUCGAUGGCAUCUCUCUCGAGGGGGGGAUCCCCCCGCUCGGCGUCCCCUUCUCGAGGCCUCCUGGCCCUCGACAUGCACGCAAAGCGCCUCGGGGUCGGGUCAGCGAAGCGGGGGCGAGUCCACCCGUUAGACAAAACGCUUCGGGAGCUUUCCUACCCCCCCUGGCAGUUCCAGGCCCCUCCCGACCCCCUCCCGGAGCCAGAACCGAUCGAUGCCCGGCCGAUAGAACUCACAGACACUCUUCUGGGGUUGAAGAAGAUUGCGGAGAAACUCGCGAGGGAGAGGGAGGUUGCGUGCGAUCUGGAGGCGCAUCACUACCGCAGCUUCCAGGGGUUCGUGUGCCUCAUGCAGCUGUCGACGCGCACGGAAGACUUUGUGGUCGAUGCAAUUGCGCUGCGGGAGCACAUCGGGCCGGCGCUCGGGCCCGUGUUUGCGGACUCGUCGAUCCUUAAGGUGCUCCACGGCGCCGACCGCGACGUCCUGUGGCUGCAGCGCGACUUUGGCAUCUACGUGGUCAACAUGUUUGACACCGGCCAGGCCGCGCGCCAGCUGGCGCUCUCGGGCUUCGGGCUCGGUCACCUGCUGGAGCACUUCUGCGGGGUGCACACCGACAAGCGCUACCAGCUCGCAGACUGGCGCUUACGGCCGCUGCCAGAGGAGAUGUUCAAGUAUGCUCGCAUGGACACGCACUACCUGCUGUACAUCUACGAUCGGAUGCGCGGCCUUCUGCUGGAUAACGGCUCGAAACGGAAGAGGCGACGGAAGGAUGGAGAGAGCGGAGAGUCUUCGGACGACCAGGACGCUCCACGCAAGGACCUUGUCCAACAGGUGUUGGACCGCAGCCGCGACCUGUGCCUGGCUGUUUACGAGAAGGAGCUGUUCCGCGAGACGUCGUACUUGAAGCUGUACAAGAACUACGGGCGCCACCUGAACAAGCAGCAGCUCGCGGCACUGGCCGGGCUCUAUGCCUGGCGCGACCGAACAGCCAGGGAGCAAGACGAGAGCUGCGGCUACAUUCUCCCAAAGCACCUGCUGCUCCGUCUUGCGGAGGAGCUCCCGUCGGACGCCCGCAAGCUCCAGAGCAUCGUCCGCGGGCAGAGCCCCGUCGUCACCGCGCGCGCCGCUGACGUCAUCGAGGUGCUGCGCGCCGCGCGCGAGCAGGCGAGCGGCGCGGGGGGCGCGGCGUUCGACCCGGCGCUCUGGGAGGGCGCUGACGUCAUCUCGGACUUCCUGACGCCGGAGAGUCCGAAAAGUCCGAAAGAGGGGCAAGGGGCUGUCGAGGGUUUGGGUAUCAAGAGAGCGAUCGGGCAGUCGGCAUUGGGUGACCCGAGAAAGAGUGCGGUGGGGCCUUCUCUUUUGAGCGUGGAGGACGACAUGGGUUCUGAAGAAGAAGAAGAGCAGCCGGAAGCCGCUCCUGGCGCGCCACGUGGCGGCCUGGAAGCAACGACACGGAAAGCGGUGGUGGUCAAGAGGGCUGCUGGGUCCGCGCUCUUUGGGCGGCCGGCAAAGCGAGCGAACGUGGCGAAAGGGAGCGAGGGGAAAGCAGCGGUGGUACGAGAAAUCUGCGGUGUGAGAGAAGAGAUGGCAGAGGAGGGCGCUGGGCCGUCGACGGAGCGAAUGGAACCAGAGACAGUGAAUGCGGACGUCCGCGAUAAGACCGUUCGAGGAGAAACUGCGGACGGGUCUGAAGCGUUCCAGAGUAGUGCUGCAGCUACGGCUGGGGCUGCGGAAGGCGAGAGAGCGGAAAGUGGCCGGAGCAGCGGCGUUCCGACGGCUGAGUCGACGGACAACGGAAAACUUGGGUUCGCGGAACCGGGUUUGAAGCAAAAGAAGCGCAAGGGCGGCCUGGGGGCCAUGUUUGGGGCCAGAUCUAGCCGGGGGGGAAGCGAGGAGACGAGCGCAAAGGCGGCGGCAGAGCGAGUGAAAGCGUCGCUCGCUCUGCCGUUCACGCCUGUGGGGGGUUUGGGGCCCACCCAAGGGUUGAAUUUCGUAAAGAUUACGGGAGAAGGAAGCCGCUCCGAAGCGCUACAUGAGGGCGAGGCAGGGAAUGAAGAAGGAACAGAGGAGAGCGGGGCAGUGCCUUUGGAGGAAGUGAUGAUGUAUAAGGAUGGAGAAGAGGACGAGGAAGAGCAAUCGAACGGCGGGGAGGAGGAGGCGGAACGGAAACCGGACCCGGAAGCGGAAAAGCUGGCGCUGUUUGGCACGCAGGACCUUCCGAAGCCCAUCUCGCAAGCUUACCGAAAGACGGGCGCUUUCGCACAAGCUGCAAACGGAAGCGGUGGUCGGGAAGCGGGCAACGGGAAGAAGGCGCAGGGUCCAGAAACGUCGGGAGCGGAAAAAGAGCAGAAGAGCGUUUCUGGGGGCGUAGGUGAAGGGAACGAGAAUGGACAGAGUGGGUCACAACAUGGGGGGAAAAGGGCGCUCCCCGCUGGGCCGAGCGCUGCGGCGCUCGAAGCGGGCUGCGAAGGGCUGGCUAAGGACGGGAAGUUCGAUUUCGCGGCGGCGGCGGGGGCGCUCGGGCUGCGCUCGUUUCUAAAGAGUAAGCCAGCGGCUGGGACGAAAGAGGGCGGCAAAGGGGCAAAGCCAGUAAAGCAGAGUCGCGGGUCAAAACCGGAGGAGCAAAGCUACGGGGCACCGAAGGAAGAGCCGGGUCACAACUUCAACCCAUUUGCGUCAAUGGAGGAGGAGGGGGCGGGGAUCAAGGCAGGCAAGAGGAGCCAGGCAUUCCCACGGUCGGGGAACAGGAUGUCCACGUUCCGACGAUGAUCAUCCUGUGGCUCAAAACUGUUUCCGAGUAUUGUCAAAUUCAGUAGCGGAUUCAUUCGGAAAAUGUGCAAGGGCUCUUGUCAAGCCCUUGCAAGCGCGUGGAGCCGUCCUUCAGCUUCGCUCAAAUACACCAACGUACCAAGGCGGAUUCGGCUCGGAUUAAAAGGGUUGAUCGGAAAUGAUGGCCCCGCUGUCCUUGUCUGGCGGCUUUCUCAGGUCGGUUGGCGCGCUCACCAAACACGUACUUAUGCCCGGCUGUAUCGAUUGCAUAUUUGGGAC